GCCACGGGAGUUCCAUUUCCUGAUGAUUUUCUUGGACUACAAUCCCAGAAUGCGUAACGGUUAGGGCUGUAUGGCGGAGAGCGAUGACUGAGGAGUUUGAUGAAGAGGUUGUAUUUGAGAAUUCUCCGCUGUUCCAAUACUUGCAGGACCUAGGACACACAGAUUUUGAGACAUGUCCAGCUGUUUCACAAGAGGAAGGACAAUGCACAGGAGAGGAGGGCCCACUCCUACAGGAUAUCCCCACCACACCAAGAGCAGGCCUUUUCUUGAAACUGGCUAACGCCCUCCUGAAGUGGAGCCCAUUUCAAAGAGGCACAAUGUCUGACGGUCCAGAGCAGCAGCUGGAUGUGGGCUUUCGCCAGUACUCUCUGCACACCAUCCUGGAACAGGAAGUGCUGCUGCAGGAGGAUGUGGAGCUGAUUGAGCUGCUGGACCCCAGCAUCCUCUCCACAGGAACCUCUCCAGAAGCACAAAGUGGCUCCCAGCCAGGCCUGCGCUUCCUCGCGUCACCCAGUGUUUGGGACCUGUCGGUGCUGGCCGCCUUCACAGGGGUCCUGGUGGGCCACCACUUCCUGACCGAAGGCCUCUCGUGGGUGGGCCUUUGCCCCUGGCUCCUGGCUCUGACGGCCUACCUGCUGCUGCGGGGCCUGAGCCUCUGGAGGACAGCCAGGCUUCAGCGGACCAUGCGGAGCUGCAGUGGGAGGCUGGAGGAGCUGACCGCGAACAGCAGGGCCUUCACCAGCCUGGUGCGCAAGGCCCUCCGCCUCAUCCAGGAGACGGAGGUCAUCUCCCGGGGCUUUACGCUUUUGCUUGACAGGGUCAGUGCGGCCUGUCCUUUUAACAAAGCGGGGCAACAGCGCAGCCAGCAGCUCUUGGGCCUGCGGAAAGCCGUGUACCGGUCCCUGCGCGCCGCCGUCCGCGCCUCGCGCCUGGCCACCUGCCACAUGCUGAGGUCCUAUCCCCUGAACUCGGAGAUCGACAACGCAACGAACUACGUGUCGACUGUGCCUCUGAAAGAGCUGGGCCUGGGUCUGAGUGAGGAGCGGCUCUCGGACGAGCGGGCCCAGGAGCUCACCGACGACUACAACCUCCCAGCGCUGAAGGUGCUUUUCCAGCUGUGGGUGGGGCAGAGCUCGGAGUUCUUCCGCCGGAUGGCGCUGCUGCUGUCGCCCGUCCAGAAGCAGGAGCAGCCGGACUUCUGCCUGAUGCACCAGGCCGUGUCGGAGGUGACGGACCCCCUCCGGCGCACGCUGACCGGUUGUCUCGGGGACUUGCGCCGCAGCUACGACUUCCACCGCUACUUCGAGACCCAGCACCUGCCCAAGGGAGGCCCUGAGCAGGCUGGGAGAGUCAGGCAGAAGUGCCGGGAGCUCAACAGCCUGUACACCGCCAUUCGCAGCCUGCAGCUGCAUCUGAAAGCCCUGCUCAACGAGGUGAUCAUCCUGGAGGACGAGCUGGAGAAGCUGAUGGUGUUGCGAGAGCCUGCAGAGAUGACAUGCGCCGGAUACCAGGACCUGCAGAACAAGCUCCGGCUCAUCCAGCCCCAUAUGCAGGCCAGCUCCAGCUGCUGGGAGGAGGCAGUGGCCCAGGUGGACAAGAUGAUGCGCAGGGCCACCAACUGCACAGAAAAGAACGAAUCUCCUGAGAAGAGCCAGGUUUCGCCGAUCGUUCCUGCGGCCCAGCCUGUUGCGCAGAUAGAGGACAGGGACCCUGUCCCAGAGGAGCAGGAACUCGAAGCCUAUGUGGAGGAUUCCGACUCUGACGGAGAGCACCACGGCAGCCUGUUUGACUUCCUGUCUCCAGAGGAGAGGGAAAGGCAGAAGAAGGAGCGCGAGGAGUCCAGGAGGGUCUUGCAGGAGCUCAAAUCUGUGCUGGGGCUGCGAGCGUCAGAGGCUGAGAGGCAGAAAUGGAAACAGCUGCUGUUCAGCGACCAAGCGGUCUUGAAGCCUGUGGUUCCUGUGGGGAGCUCAGACCUCGACGGUAUCUCGGCCCCCCCUCUGGACACGGACUCACACGAGCGAGAGAGCGGCCAGGAUAAUCACGUGGCUGCAGGAGGACACGAGAGACAGUCGGCCCCCAGCCCCUUAGACACGGAGACGGAGUACUGCUGUGGGCGGGCGGAGCGGGAAGAGACCCGGCACGGCCCGGCACAAGAGCAGCGGGCCCCUGCCAGUGCCGGGGAAGCCCCGUGCCUCGAGUACGACAGCUCGGAGGGGGGGGGCGGCGUCACGGAGGCAGCUGACGGCCCUGGCUCUCCGGCGGGGAAGCCGCCGCCUGCCACGGUGAAGGAGAGGCUGGCGGGACUGCACGGCUCUUCGGCCGUAAGCUUCAGCUCGGCCUUGGCUGCCCAGGUGGCGGCCAGGUCUCACGCGUUCUCCUGCAUGCAGGAGCAGACCUUCGGAGACGAGGAGGAGGAGGGCGGGGGGGAGGGCGAAGAGCUGGGGUGGCCAAGAGAAGACUCGGAGCAUUAAGGACUUCACGGAGAACUGUCCAGCAGGAUAUUUAUUUUAAGAUUUUGUAUGUUAUUUAUUGAUAUACGUCUAAAAGAAAAUACCUGCUUGGGUUUUUUGGGGUUGUUUGUAAUUGAAUUUAGCAUUUUUCUUCUUCCUCCGUUUUUGUCUUUUGGGCUUUUUUUUUCCCCCCCCAAUGACGAGGAAGAGCCGCCGUUAGGGCAGCGUUCCAAGAUCACCGAACCACUGCGCCGACUUACAUCACUUGUCCACAGCAGCCCUGUGGGGCGUCUGCUGAAGAGGAGGUCUCCGAACUCCUGGUGACUUCACUGCCAGCAGGUUUUCUUCUAACCCAACAGACGCUGAUAAUGAAAAACAGCAUCUCUGGGCUACACUUCAUAAUCAGUGCACACAUUGUAGGUUUUUAACCGUCCAAAAAUUCAAGGCCUGUGGCACCCGUUCUCAACAUGGAAAUACAGUACCUGUUAUAACGCACAGUUCUGUUAUUCAGGAUUAGUCAGCAUUGUGUCAAAACACUGCGCCCAAGACCUUGUCACAUUUGUUACCACAGCCCCUAGGAAGCAUUUGGCUUUUAAUGGUUUUAUUUUUCUUAAUUUAUUCAAUGAGGGAGAAUGAAUAACGGGCUCAGGAAUCAGAGUAAGAGAAUAUGUCUAGUUUGUUCAACUAGUAAAGUCUCCCCAAAGUUAUUACUUAAUGAGAAGUAAUUUAUAGAAAAACUCUAAAGUAAGUUUAGAAAUGUUCACAUGGGUGCAGAAGGCUGCUCGGUGUUCACAGCAAGUACAGAAUUCUCAGGUACAUCUCUGGGACCAGGAUAUUGAAUGUAUUGCUACAGUUUCAAGGUCACUGAACAGUUGAAUGUGUUUUGACAACCAUGUCUAGAUACUUUAGGAAUGGUGCUGAUCCACCAAUUCCUCUUACAGAAUUUCCUGAAUGUCAUCAAAGAAAACUGUAUUUUUUGACAAAUCUGCUAAGAUUGUUUAUUGGUUGCGGACCAGAUGCACUGAUAUUAUGUGAAUCUUAGCAACACUAAUGUCUGUCCUGAGUAGAACACAAGUUGCAUGUGUUUGUGCUGUAUUUGGUAUCAACCAAGCCAUUAAACAAAGUGGGAGGCUUG